AUCCCUAUGGAGGAUGAAUCUCCUCCUUCUCAAGGAGUCAGUGUCAAGGUCUUGGAGGCAACAUUAUUGUCAGCCCUGAAGAUGCUGGAUGUUGGGAAGUGGCCAAUUUUUUCUCUCUGUUCCCAAGAAGAGCUCAAGUUAAUUCGUCAAGCCUGUGUAUUUGGCAGUGCUGGUAAUGAAGUGUUGUAUGCAACCGAAAACGAUGAGGUUUUUGUGCUUGGCAUGAACUGCAGUGGGUGUUUGGGGACGGGUGACAUGCAGAGCACUAUUGAACCAAGGAGGUUGGAUUCACUGUGUGGCAAAAAGAUAGCCUGUCUGAGUUACGGAAGUGGCCCUCAUGUCGUUCUUGCUACAGAAGAAGGAGAAGUGUAUACGUGGGGUCAUAAUGCUUAUAGUCAGUUGGGCAAUGGUACAACGAAUCAUAGUUUCGUUCCCUGUCAAGUCUCUACUAACUUGGUGAACAAGAAAGUAAUUGAAGUUGCCUGUGGCUCUCAUCAUUCUAUGGUGUUAACAUCUGAUGGAGAGGUGUACACAUGGGGUUAUAAUAACUCAGGCCAAGUUGGAUCUGGUUCAACAGCUAAUCAACCAAUUCCUCGAAGAGUUACCAGCUGCCUACAAAAUAAAGUAGUAGUAAAUAUAGCUUGUGGACAGAUGUGUUCUAUGGCUGUGGUGGAAAAUGGAGAGGUCUAUGUCUGGGGUUACAAUGGAAACGGGCAGCUCGGACUGGGCAGCAGCGGCAACCAGCCAACGCCGUGCCGGAUCGCAGCUUUGCAAGGCAUUCGUGUGCAGCGGGUUGCCUGUGGCUAUGCACAUACAUUAGUGCUGACAGAUGAAGGUCAGAUUUAUGCCUGGGGAGCCAAUUCAUAUGGCCAGUUAGGUACUGGGAAUAAAAGUAACCAGUCUUACCCUACAACAGUUAUUGUGGAUAAGGACAGAGUUAUAGAGAUUGCAGCCUGCCACUCUGCUCACACGUCAGCUGCCAAGACCCAGAGUGGCCAGGUGUACAUGUGGGGCCAGUGCCGUGGCCAGUCAGUGAUCCUUCCCCACCUCACUCACUUUGCCUGCACUGACGAUGUGUUUGCUUGCUUUGCUACCCCUGCCGUGAUGUGGCGUCUUCUGUCUGUAGAGCCUGAUGACCAUCUAACAGUAGCCCAGUCACUGAAGAAGGAGUUUGACAACCCUGAAACUGCAGACCUGAAGUUUCUAGUGGAUGGAAAAUACAUUCAUGUUCAUAAAGUUCUUCUCAAAAUUAGGUGUGAACAUUUUCGUUCCAUACUGAAUAAUGAUGAUGAAAUUAUAGAAAUGAGUGACUUUUCUUAUCCUGUUUACCGAGCCUUCCUGGAAUACCUCUACACAGACAACAUUAGGCUCCCUCCUGAAGAUGCAAUAGGACUGCUAGAUUUGGCAACACUAUAUAGAGAAAACAGAUUGAAAAAGCUUUGCCAGCAAACGAUCAAGCAAGGCAUUUGUGAAGAGAAUGCCAUUGCUCUUCUUUCCGCUGCUGUCAAAUAUGAAGCUCAGGACUUGGAAGAAUUUUGCUUCAGAUUUUGCAUAAACCAUUUAACUGUUGUUACACAAACUCAAGGCUUCGCAGAAAUGGACCACGACCUCCUGAAAAACUUCAUUAGCAAAGCGAGCAGAGUGGGAGCAUUCCGAAAUUGAGGUUUGACCACCACCAAGCUGAAGAG